UGCAAGGUGGCCCGGGUGGAGUCAGCAGCAGCUCCUGCCUCUGUCUCGGUUCCUGGGCUCGGAGCUCUGAUUUUUUUUUUUCCUGCCCUCCAGCUUCGCUCGGCCGUCGCGGACGUUUCUUUUUUUUUUUUAAUCCGGAGGAAAGUGGAAUGAAAACAGCCGACAUCUAGGAUCAUUGUCCCCACCCCCCCUCCUCAAACACACACACACACACACACACUAACACACGCUCACAAUUUCGUCUCUCCAUACCGACAAGAGGAUCGGAGAAACGGCAGCAUGGGGGUCUAUGAAGAGAAAAAGGAAACAUGUGGAACCAUCUGCCUGAAAUACCUCCUGUUUACUUUCAACUUCCUUUUUUGGUUGGCAGGGGGCGUUGUGAUGGCGGUGGGUGUUUGGACCUUGGUUGAGAAGAGCGACUACAUCAGCCUUCUCUCCUCCAAGACCUACGCUGCCUCCGCCUACAUACUGGUCCUGGCUGGAGCCAUCGUCAUGGUAACAGGCGUGCUGGGCUGCUGCGCCACCUUCAAGGAGCAGAGGAGGCUGCUGCGAGUGUACUUUGUCCUGCUGCUGUGCAUCUUCCUGUUGGAGAUCCUGGCUGGCGUCCUGGCAUAUAUCUACUACCAGCAGUUGAACGAGGAGCUGAAGCAGAACCUGAGGGAGACCAUGAUCCAGAAGUAUCAGCAGAAGUCCAAUGAACACAUCACAAUGGCCGUGGACAAGCUGCAGCAGGAGUUCAAGUGCUGUGGGAGCAACAAUUCAUCCGACUGGGCCGCGAGCAUCUGGAUCCGCUCCAGAGACUCAAACCACAGGGAGGUGCCUGACAGCUGCUGUAAGACUCCCACUGAACUCUGCGGCCGCAGGGACCACCCCUCCAACAUCUACAAGGUGGAGGGUGGCUGCAUUUCUAAACUGGAGAAAUUCAUCCUGGACCAUCUGAAGAUCAUUGGGGCAGUGGGUGUUGGGAUUGCCUGUGUACAGAUCAUAGGCAUGGUGUUUACAUGCUGCCUAUAUCGAAGUCUAAAGGCAGAGCCGUACUAAGAGAAGCAAAAGAAGAAAAGUGUGUGGGUGAAGGAGGUAACUUGCUCAUACUCAAAUAGCCCAUAGGUUCUUUUCUUUGCUGUGCUCACAGGGGAAGGAAAAUUUGGCAAGGGAUCGAAUUGCACAUACGAGGGUCUCGUUUUGGUAAACAAAGGGUGGAAAAACACUACAAGGUUUCUUGAAGUAAUUAGGCAGUUAAAUUGCAGUCUCAGCUACAUCUUCAAGAUCACAGCGCUGUGAGAAAAAGCCUCUGAGAGAAACUGAUGAGAAUUUUAGCACAGAUUGUGUUAAUUAGUGUGGGACAGUCUCCACGGGAUUAAAACAUUGUAGUUUUCUUCCACUCUGAUUCCCUCAAUGUACAUUUAUAUGUGUGGACCAGGUGUUACACCAGAGAGUGGUGUAAAGAUCAGUGGAGUAAAACUGCCACUUUGCAGAAAGUCUUCAUCUUGGUCGCACCAGCAGCCUCUCGUUCCCAGCAGCACGGUUUAACAAGCGCACCUCUGGGGCCCUCUUCAUCUGCAGCAGCAUUUUGUUUCCACAUUAACUAGCCAGUCAUGCAUUUUAAAUCUUUGUUCGAUUGUGGCUUUUUGAACUUUUGAAAUGUUUGUUUUUAUACUUUGUAAAAUGAUGAUUAUCUGUAGCACCUGAGGUGCUUUCUUAUGAACCUAUGUUAUUUUUGCCUUUAAUGCCUAAUAUGUCUUCACAGUGACAUGUCAGUGUUUGAUCGUGUUUUUAAUCAAACCUAAACACCUGUUAAGAACAUAUUGUCUGCCAGAGCGAUGGUACACACCUUGGUGCAUUUCUCAACAACAUAACUGUGCCAUUUGAGUAAAGCCAGCAUUUUAUUGAAUGACAACAACUGAAUGACAACUCUAAGGUGCAAAGGCUGACGUUAAUGAAGUGAUUUUGUGAUUGUGAUAACGAUACAUACAAGCAGUGCCACUAAUUUUGCUCAUAAGAAAGUGCCUCAUGUUUUCGAUUCUACCGUCUUCUUUUUUAUACGCGGGAUUAUCCACCGAUGCCAAAGUCGACAACCGUAACUUUUUGCAAGGACCUACUGUAUCACUUCCAGCCUUAUUCACUUAUCUACUGAUUUAUCUCUUUUUAGAUGUUUGUUUUCUUGAAUGAAGAUUUUGCUUUUCAAUAGAACAUAAAUAUAUGAUUGUAUUUAACAAACACGUGGUAGAAAAUGAUAGUUUCUCACUGUUAGUAAUGACCUUUUCCUGUUUGACUCAAAGACAGCACUAAAUUAAUCUGCUGUAUUUCUGUCUUUGUGAUAAUCCAGGAAUUAUUUUACUUUGAAUAAACAUCAG